AUGAACCCUCCACGACAUCAAACUUUUAACUGGAAAGGUCUUCCAUUAGAUCUGAAAGAGACGAUAUUCGAUCUCAUGUUCGAAAUCUACCUAGGGCCUUGCGAGCCCGAUAAAUUAGAAGCCUUUCGUGGCAGCGAAGAUUUCGAGUCAGCUCGAAGAAUCUACCACCAGAAAAAUAAAAUGAUGUCCCCGAGAAACCUAACGGAAUGGAACGAACUCACAAGACAUCAGCUGAACAACAUCGCUCAUUUAUACAUCCUGCUCGAAGAUCAAGAUCUCGUCAACCUUGCCUCACUCCUAAAUAACCCUCUAGAGACGAAGAAUAAUCUCCAAUCGGUGAUUCUGGAUGUUAGUCGAAUUAGCACUCCCCACAACUCUGAGCUACUCAAAAUCCAAAAUUGGGCAAUAAUCUUCUCAACGAUUAUCUCUCUGCUCGAAGCCUCGAUAUCGCGUCGUGAUGUGGCUAGCAAGGUCUCCGUCCUGUUUGACUCGGCGGCGGGACGUCAUGUGGAAAUAGUCACUAAAUCCAGGAUUUAUGCUAUAUUCAAAGUCUGGCCAACGACCUCGUUGAUUUGCAUCCCUGGCAGGGGCUUCGUGAGUGAGUAG